GCCCAACGGACGCGCCGUCACGUGGGCGGCGGCGGCCAAUCGCCUUCGAGCGCCGCCGCCGCCCUCGGCCCCUCCGCCGCCGCGCUGCGGGCACUCGGACCUAAGAUGGCGGCCGUGGAACCGGAAACCACCCCUACUCCUAACCCCCCACCUUCAGAAGAGGAGAAAAUAGACUCUGCUCAGGAGCUUGCUAACCCAGAAAACUAUAUUAAACAUCCACUACAGAACAGGUGGGCACUCUGGUUUUUCAAAAAUGAUAAAAGCAAAACUUGGCAAGCAAACCUUCGGCUGAUCUCCAAGUUUGAUACUGUUGAAGACUUCUGGGCCCUCUAUAACCACAUCCAGCUGUCCAGUAACUUAAUGCCUGGCUGUGACUACUCACUUUUCAAGGACGGGAUCGAGCCCAUGUGGGAGGAUGAGAAGAACAAGCGCGGAGGCCGCUGGCUAAUCACGCUCAACAAGCAGCAGAGACGGAGCGACCUGGACCGCUUCUGGCUGGAGACACUGCUGUGCCUUAUUGGAGAAUCCUUUGAUGACUACAGUGACGACGUGUGCGGAGCUGUUGUCAAUGUCAGAGCGAAAGGUGACAAGAUAGCGAUCUGGACCACCGAGUGUGAGAACAGAGACGCCGUCACGCACAUAGGGAAGGUCUACAAGGAGAGGCUAGGACUCCCUCCAAAGAUAGUGAUUGGCUAUCAGUCCCACGCAGAUACGGCCACCAAGAGCGGCUCGACCACCAAGAACAGGUUUGUUGUUUAGGAAGACACGACGUCCUGGAGGAGACUGCGUGAAGCAAUCACGACGUGGGAGCUGAACCAAAGCCUCUUGAGCAGAGUGGACUGCGCUCGACGCGACUUCCGUCCGUGAUGCUAAGAUCUAAGGAGUCCAGUCGCCUUUGCCUUGUACUUCUGUGUCCAUGUCUGUUCUUUUCCCUCCUGCUAGUGUCCACCGUCCCCAGAGCCUGUGGCCGUGCUCCUGGCCCACAGUAACUGUUGAGUAGAACUUGCAGUACACAUGGCCCCACCCACAAUAUUAAAAAGAACUUGGCUUUCUAUACCUGACAGGAGAAAACGCUGUUUAUGUCCCAGUGUGUGCAAGGAGCUUACUUGCUGGUCUGAGACACAGGAUGCCAGUUGUUUCUAGCACUGUCCUUUGUGUCUGGCGGCAUCUGCUUUGCUGUGCUCUUGAGGGCUGCUAGGUUUAAUUUAUUGUUUCUUGCUUGCUGACACAAGUGAUUCUGGUUUCAGUUUUUCAUUUGUUUUGCUUUUGUUUUUUCCUUUAUGUAACUGGUGAAGGAUCUAGGAGUAUGAUACAAAGGUGGAAUAAACAUUAAUUUUGUGCAUUCUUCAGUAAUUUUUUUGUUUUGAUUUUUUUUGUUUUUUUUUUUUUCUUUUUUGAUAAUACAAAGCUUUGCAAAUUUAUGCAUUUCAUUCAAAUCAGUGAUCUAUGUGUGAUUUCCUAAGCAUCAUUGUGGAUUAUAAAGAUGUCGCACCAUGAUUACAUUCCUAACUAGAGGCACUAUGUGUGUUUUGUAUCUUCACUCUGUAUUUUAACACUUUGUAUCCCUUAGGUCAUUUGCUUUGGUUAAAAAACAGCUGAGUAGAAAGCGGUCCCAUUCCUACAAGACAGUGUACAGAACUGUAAAUAAAAUGUGUACAGUGAAUUGUCUUUUA